ACCACCACCACGAUCCACCACCACACUCACCACCACCACGACUCACCACCGCAGGCUCCGUCUCCUUGCCCCUCCUGCUCAGCUGCAGCAGCAGCAGCAGGCGGCGUCUGGGGCCUCCUCUCCUCCUCGUGGUCAUGGCCGCCAUCUUGUCCGUGCUGGCGGCCGCUCUCGAAGAGCGGCGCCAGCCCCAGCGGCCCUCCCUGCGGGACGGCCUCCCGGCCAACGUGACGGCGGCGGCGGGGAGCGACGCUCGGCUACGCUGCGUCGUCCUGCAGAGCGACGGGGCGGGGGCGGUGCAGUGGCUCAAGCACGUGGUGGUCAACGGGAGCCUGGCGGCGCCCAACGGCUCUCCCUACGUGCGCAUCCUCACGACUGUCGGCGUGGAGGUCUCGGACGUGGAGACGACGCAGCUGCUCUACCUGCGUAACGUCAGCGUGGACGACUCUGGCCGCUACACCUGCCUGGCGGUCAACGCCGCUGGGUUCGCUCGGCGCUCCGCCUGGCUCCUCGUCGUGCCGCGAGAGACGCGGGCGGGGAGACGUUCGCUCGCCACGACGACCGCGGGGGCCGGGAAGAUGUUGACUGCCUCGCCUGUGGAGACCCGCCCGGCCGCUUCCUUGACGAUGUGCGGCGUUUAUUGCGCCGCCGGAUUUCUUCUGCUGAUCGCCGUCACCUCGUUCACCUCCGUCUGGCUCACACGGCGGACACGGAGGGCGAGCAGGGAGUUGACCUGCGAAGAGGCGGAGAUGCAGCUGAUCCAGCAAUGAGGAAUCUCCAGGACGAGCCGCCGAUCUUAGAAGAGUGGCAGCAGCAGCAGCAGAAGAGACGCGUUGAAAUGAGUUUCAUUGCAAAGAAGUCGGCAGCUUUCGUCUGGUACAGCCCCCAAGUUCGGGCUUGCUGCUCCGACAAGCCCACAGCUGCUACACACAGCUGCUACACAGCUGCUACCCACAGCUGUCUCCAGAGCUCGCAGCAAACUCUCAGUCUGAGCCGGCGACGUUCCACAGACACACGCAGCUUGCUGGGCGCCAACAUCACCGCUCUGUGGCAUCGUCACACGCACGUGCACUCGCAGGGCGCUACCCUGUCGUGCGCCAGGUGUUUUGUCUCGUGUCGAUGUUCUUGUUUGUUGCUGUGAAAUCACUUGGAUGGAAAUAAAAGUGACUUCUUACC